AUGCUUGUCCUCCAUGACAACCUGGGUCGCCUUCCGGUGUUAUCCCAACGGCGAAAGAACCAUCCCAGCUGUGCAAUCUACUCUGCUAUACACGAUCUAGUCGACAAGAUCUCUAGGAGCUUGGGGCCCAGCUGCGGCUUGAUACCCACGACAAAGAUUGAAAUUGGCAUUAGAUCUCUAGGAUCUAUGUUGAAACGCGUUUAA